AUGUUCUCUUGCGCCAACUACCCUCGCGGAUGCCGAGGGCGCGUCAACAAGGAAGGCACUAAGUGUUCCGACUGCAGACAACUGAACCUGCGACGCCCCGGAUCCGCUUCUCCAUUUGCGCAACCACGCAAUUUCAAGCGCCAACUUCCCUCAGAGCUGCGCGCUGAUUUUGCGAUCAACAUUUCAAUGUCCGAGCUGAACAUCUAA